AUGGCCGCCGAAGAGCUCGAAAAAAUGAAGGCUGUGGCCGACCUGUCAAACAAAGCGAUAAAAGAAUAUGAAGACCUACAGGAGAGGAAUGACAACACAGCUUUGGAAUGCAAGAGGCUGGAGGAAGAGAGAGAUGAGGCCAUGAAGAAACUCACAGAAUUCCAGAAAGUCUCUCAAAUGGUCAUUGAAGAGGUCAGUGCCAUACAGGAGGACUUUGAGAUCGAGAGGAUGUGCCGAGAAAGUGCAGAAGCCCUGGCCUCCAAGCUAGACCGUCAGAACCGCUCGCUCAAGAGGAAAAGCAUGAUGCUACUGUCCCACCUCAGUCCUGAGACCAUCUCAGAAAUUAAUGAGAUUAAUCUCAUGGAUGAUGAAGCCGAGGGGGAAGAGCCACAAGAUCCAAGUGGCGUUUGCCUCUCCCCCCACUGCCACACCCUCAUUUCAGACCGUCAGAACCGCUCGCUCAAGAGGAAGAGCAUGAUGCUACUGUCCCACCUCAGUCCUGAAACCAUCUCAGAGAUUAAUCUCAUGGAUGAUGAAGCCGAGGGGGAAGAACCACAAGAUCCAAGUGGAGUUUGCCUCUCCCCCCACUGCCACACCCUCAUUUCAGAACUACAGAACAAGUUGAAGUCUACUCUCGAGAGGGAAAAACAGGCGGUUUAUGAUCUAGAGUCCGUACGACAGCAGCUGAGGGAGACGAGGGAUGAACUUAUCAAAGAGAAACAUGACAAUACGGUUUUAAUUGCUGAGAGAGUCCAACAAAAGAAGCUCCUGGAGAAAUAUACCAGAGUAGAGGAGUACGAGGCUUUGCAGGACACCUUGAACAUGGAGCAAGAUCUUAGGACAGAAGCGGAGACCUUUGCCCGAGCGUCUGAGGAAACGCACACUGAGAGCCAUACAGUCCUCAUGUCAGCACCAUGUUCUGGGUUUUAUAUCAAACGAUUCAAACUGCUGCACACAUCUCUCCAUGAAAAAGCGAAUGUCUGUAGGAUCGUGGCCUUUCUUCAGAUGGAGCUGAUGGAGGAGAAGCUGCGGGCCGGUGAGGAUCAGAGCGAGUUAGCAGCAUUAAGGCGCAAACUGGAGCUAUUGGAGGAGGAGAGGAAUGAGAACACGCCUGCUUUAAACCCGCUCAGCCGGCUGCUGUCCAUGAUCAGGAAGAGGAGAGACGUCGGGGCUGAUAUUCCACUAGUGGACCAGGACUCCCCCAGGAAAGCAGCCUGCUGCCUGACGUCCGCCUCUGAAAACUUCAACCGAGCUCCAGUUCAACCCAGAGCUGCGUCUCCUUCCCAAAAGGCCGACGAAGAGCUUCAGAGAGUUCUGCUGAGACGCCGCGACGCCCUGGAGUCCAACCCACAACCC